UGCGUUUCGCCCUGGGUGAGCAGGAAUUUGGAUUCGCUGGCGUGGAGUGCCUGCCGUCCUUCACCGCUGCUGUAAAUGCCGUAGAGUUCGUGAUCAAUUUACUCCCCCCCCCGCGGCACAGAACACCCCACUACCAUAACUGCAUCCAGCAAUUCCGUGGAAUCCACCACAACCAUGGAGGUUGAGGUCCCUUUGAUAGAGGUCCCCGGAGAGGCAAAUCCACUCUCCGAAGGCAUUCUAUAUCAUGUCCUUCGGUCAGCCGCCUCUGCAGAUCCAAAUCAGAUCCAAACAGGCACCAAGCAGCUACAGACGUGGGAAAAAUCAAAGGGAUUCUAUCCUCUGCUACAGGCUGUGUUUCUCGACAAAUCCCUUCCCCUCGAAGUUCGCUACCUCGCCAUCAUCCAGCUCAAGAAUGGCAUCGACAAAUACUGGCGGAAGACGGCCUCGAAUGCUGCGAGUAAAGAGGACAAGGCUGUCAUCCGAUCGAAGCUUUUGCAGUGCGGUGUCAACGAGGCCGACCAGCGUUUGGCUCUCCAGAACGCCUUGGUCAUAGCCAAGAUUGUCCGAUUCGAGUUUCCAAAUGACUGGCCAGACCUCUUCCAACUGCUCCUCCAAAUCCUCCGUUCGUCUACUGACCCCAAUGCCUACCGCCUCCACCUUCCACGUGCCCUGCUCAUAAUGCUCCACAUAAUCAAAGAGCUAUCUACAGGCCGAAUGAUGAAGACAAGGGCAGUUCUAGGCACCAUCGCGCCCGAAAGCUUCAACGUCCUCGGCCACAUAUAUGUCCAAAAAGUGCAGAGCUGGCAGACUUUCUUCCGAGAUGGAGGAGACGACGAAGGUGGGGCUCUUGAGGAUAUCGAUAACAGUCUGCUCGCCAUAAAAGCGCUGCGACGACUAAUCAUCGCAGGAUACGACUUCCCCGCCAGGGACAAGGAUGUUCAAGCUUUCUGGACUCUGACUAGAACUCACUUCGCAGAGUUCCUUCGGUAUGCCAUGCAAGAAGACUCUCCGUUGGCUCCGAGCGUACGACGGCUUAUCGAGAAACACCUCAUGCAGCUCGCCAAGUUUCAUCUAGCCAUGGCGCAAACUCAUCCCGCUGACUUCGUCUUGUUGCCAAACACCAUCGACCUCGUCCGCGACUACUGGAGUCUCGUAGCCAAGCUUGGAGAAUCCUGGGGCUCAGAGUCCCUAGAUCAUGCUCAGAUUGGCACCGACGGCGAUUCUGAAGAUGACGCUCCCAUACUCGAGCGUCUCGGGCUCAAAGGCCUCCUCCUCGUUCGUGCCUGCGUGAAAAUGGUGUUCUACCCACAACAAACCUUUCGGUACCGACAGCCACAGGAGAAGGAAGAACGAAGUCGUGCCGUGCAGAUAAUCAAGCUCGAACUCUUGACAGAUGACCUUGUUCGGGAAAUGAUAUCCGCCCUCGUGACGAGGUUCUUUGUCUUCAGGCCGAGUGAUUUGAGGAUGUGGGAGGAGGAGCCGGAUGAAUGGGAGAAGAUGGAGGAAGGGGGCGAGGAUUGGGAGUUUGCAAUCCGUCCCUGUGCCGAGAAGUUGUUUUUGGAUUUGGCGAAGAAUUUCAAGGAACUGAUCAUACAGCCGUUGCUGCAAGUGUUUUAUUCGGUUGCGACGCCGGAGAAUGAGGAUGUGCUGUUCAAAGACUCGGUGUAUACGGCUGUUGGACUUGCAGCAGACAUCCUGCUUGAUGACCUCGACUUUGAUGCCUUCAUCUCCAACACGCUCGUUGCCGAAGCCCAGAAACAGAAAACGGGAUUCAACAUUAUCCGCCGCCGUAUCGCAAUCAUCAUAGCACAGUGGAUCGCUAUAAAAGUAUCCGAAGUAAAGAAACCUGUCGUUUACCAGAUCUACCAACAUCUCCUAGACAAGAAUGAUCCUCUAAAUGACCAGGUUGUGCGGGUCACCGCAGGAAGAAAGUUUCGAGAUAUUGCGGAUGAGUGGGAGUUCAAAGCUAAGAACUUCAUGCCAUAUGCGCCAGAGAUCCUGGAUCGGUUGAUGGCGUUGGUGCAGGAGGUGGAGUUGCCGGAGACGAAGAUGGCGUUGCUGAAUACAAUCAGUAUCACCGUUGAGAGACUUGAGCAUCACAUCACCCCCUACGCGAACAGCAUAAUAUCCCUCCUCCCACCUCUAUGGUCUGAAUCCGGCGAUCAACACCUAAUGAAACAAGCUAUCCUAACUAUCCUCUCGCGCCUCACAAACGCCAUGAAAGCCGAAUCGCGCACUUACCACGUCUCGUUCCUCCCCAUCAUCCAAUCCGCAAUCGAACCCGGCUCCGAAACCCAAGUCUACCUUCUCGAAGACGCGCUCGAUCUCUGGGCCUCGAUACUCGCGCAAACGCCUUCUGCCCCCGAACCAACUCCCCCGGAACUUCUUGAAUUGUUAAAGUUUCUGAUACCCCUUUUUGCAAUGGACAAUGAAACCCUCCGCAAAGCCAUCGAAAUCACAGAAGCUUAUCUGCUGCUCGCCCCGGGCUCUGUCCUCGCAGAUAGCUUCCGACAAGAGCUCCUCAAAGCUCUCGCGGACCUCCUCGGUAGCCUGAAACCCGAAGUCAACGGCAUGGUAACACAUCUCAUGGAAUGCGUGAUCCGCGGGGCCGACGGCUUCGGCGGCGAUCAAGCUGUUAAAGUACUCGUUGGGGAUCUCCUUUCCACAGGGUUUCUGGCAAAGGUCAUGGAAGGUUUACAUGGCGCAUGGACACACCACCAGUCCCAUGGCCCGUAUCGUGAGUUACCGUCGCGAGCCGUAGAUGGCGUUGUCGAGACGGAUUAUUUUGUCGUGCUAGCGCGGGUUGGAUUUGCGGCACCACGGGUCUUACUAGAAGCACUGGCAACAAUUGGCGCGCCCGCGACUGUAGAGCGGACGCUAGAGUGGUUGUUGGAGGAGUGGUUUGGACAUAUUGAAAACAUCGGAGACGCGCCGAAUCGAAAGUUGAUGUGUCUUGUUUUGACAAGGUUUUUGGAAUUGGGUGAGGGGUGGAUUUUGGGGCGAUUGCAGAGUUUGAUGGCGGUUUGGAUGGAUGUGUUGGGGGAGUUGUUGGACGGCAUGGAUGAUCGGAGCAUGGACUCCCUCUACUGGCCCCCGGACCCUCUUCCCCCACAACCAAACGACCCAGAAGCCCCCGAGGAUAUCCGAAAGCGUGAACUCAUCUACUCAGAUCCCGUGCAUAGGCUUAACCUCGUUCAAUUUGUGAAAGAACAUUUGCAGGCAGCCAUCUUGGCGGCGGGUGGAGACGAACGGUUUCAGGAGGAGUGGUUGAGUAGAGUGGAUAAGGAUGUGUUGAGAGGCUUUGGGGAGCUGGGAGUUAUGUGAUGGAGCUUUUCAGGGGGAACGGGGUGGGGUCUACUUUUCUACAAGACAGGUAGGGAAGUUAGCGUGUAGAACUGGGGACCGGGUUGAUGGUGGAUGUCUUUUCUUCACGCGUACUUGUAUGCGUAGUUUUCCGUGGCAUAGCGUGGUAUACCAAAUGCAGGCAUAUAGAUAUCAGUAGCAUGGCGGCUAGGAUUCCGGGGACGGCGGCGUGGAACCAAAUUCGAUUGCUCUUGGUAGACAGUGAAGGAGAUGUGUGCCUACCUAUUCCGGUAACCUUGGUCUAGGCUGAGCGCACAUCCGCAAAGAAAGCAUGAUGCC